AUGACCGAUAGAAACUUGGCAAUGGAGAUGGAUAUUGAGCGCAAGGGCAGCAGUAGUACAGAGACAUGUUCUGAUUCUAAGUUGAAUACAAAAUCCCAUAAUGAAUAUACGUAUGAGUCUGGGAAGUGUAGCCUGCUAAAUGGAAGUACAGAAGAAAGGAAGAGAAAUGUGGUGCAGCGGGUUAUUGAUUCAUUUAAACCGCCAGUUGAUGGAUCUUUUGAUCCAAGCAACAUGAAGAGAGCGUUAAAAUCUCGACAUUUGAUUAUGAUUGCUAUUGGUAGUUCUAUUGGAACUGGUCUUUUUGUGGGUUCUGGGAAGGCGUUGGCUACGGGAGGUCCCCUUGCGUUAAUAAUUGGGUGGACUCUUGCGGGCACGCAGAUGAUUGGCACGAUUCAUGGUCUUGGUGAGCUUACGGUUAGACUUCCCGUUGUGGGUGCGUUUGCAGAUUAUUCUACCCGAUUUUUAGAUCCAAGUGUUAGUUUUGUGAUAUCAUCUAUUUAUGUGAUGCAAUGGUUCUUCGUAUUACCUUUGGAAAUUAUUGCUAGUUGCAUAACGAUGAGGUUUUGGACGCAGUCGGUCGACCCAAUAAUUUGGGUUGCUUUAUUUUACACAAUGAUUGUGUCUAUCAACCUGCUUGGCGUGCGUGGGUUUGGAGAAGCUGAAUUUAUCUUUUCUUCGGUAAAAGUAAUUACCAUCUGUGGUUUCAUUAUACUGUGUAUUGUAUUAAUUUUAGGUGGUGGACCUACACACCAAUAUGUGGGUAGUCGGUACUGGCACGACCCGGGUCCCCUAGCAAAUGGUUUCAAAGGAGUUGCGGCGGUCAUGGUAACUGCUUCAUAUUCGUUGGGUGGGUCUGAGAUGACUUGUUUGGCAUCUGGCGAAACUGAUCCCAAAGAACUCCCCCAUGCUAUUAAACAAAUAUUUUGGAGAAUCCUCUUCUUUUUCUUGGUGUCGCUCACUCUAGUUGGUUUCCUUGUUCCAUACACUAACGAGAACUUGCUGGGUGGUUCUAGUGCUGAAAACUCCCCCUUCGUCCUCGCUUUGUAUCUCCAUCACGUCAAAGUUGUUCCCCACAUAGUUAAUGGUGUCAUUUUGGUCAGUAUCCUAAGUGUAGGCAACUCCUGUAUCUUCGCAUCAAGCAGAACCCUGUGUUCCAUGGCACAUCAGGGGCUUAUCCCGCAUAUUUUUGGUUACGUCGACCGUGGAGGCAGGCCACUAGUUGGCAUCCUAGCCAAUUCCAUCUUUGGACUUCUGGCCUUUUUGGUCAAGUUCAGUUCCAUAUCUAAUGUGUUUUCAUGGUUGAUGGCUAUUGCAGGCUUGGCAACAUGUGUGGUUUGGUUGAGCAUAAACGUAUCCCAUGUUCGCUUCAGAUUGGCAAUGAAAGCUCAAAACAAAUCUUUGGAUGAGCUGCAGUUCGUUAGUUCAGUGGGUGUGUGGGGAUCCGUAUAUGCAGGCGUUUUGAAUUUUUUAACCCUUGUGGCCCAAUUCUACAUUGCAUUAUGGCCAGUGGAAGGUUGGAAGGACUCUAAAUCGCGUGCAGAGGCAUUUUUCAAAAACUACCUCUGUGCAUUGAUCCUAAUUGCCAUGUUUGCCGCUCAUAAAUGUUACUUCCGAAUUACCACUGGAAAAUGGUGGGGCAUUAAGAAACUAAGUGAAGUCGACCUCGAUACAGGAAGGGUAAAUAUUGAUAUUGAGAUCAUCAAAGAGGAAGUUGCCGAAAGAAAGAAAUUCCUCCGCAAUAAAGCUUGGUACACAAGGUACUAUUACUAUUGGUGUUAA